AUGGGAGAUCAUGCCUAUAAAAAGAAGGAAUCGAGUGCUUAUGAUGUGCUGAAUAUGCUGGUGUAUGAUUAUCUGAUGAAGAUGAACUAUGAAGGAUCUGCAAAAAUGUUUUGUAGUGAGGCAGGCCUUGGGGAGUUUAAGUCGAAUGAGGGGGCACCUGUCCUUGCACAGUGGUAUUCGGUAUUUCACGAGAUUUCUGCAGUAAGGUCUGGCUUUUUGUCGAACUCUCAAGACCUUGCAAGGAUCGAGGGGAUUAUGAUGAGGCUUGAGAAUGAAAAGCGGCGGCAGCAGCAAAUAGGCAAGAUGGAUGGAGCAGUUGGAGGAUAUGGAAGAGGAAUGGAUGCAUAUAAGAGGCAGUCUAUGCCUUAUCAGCAGCAAUAUGAUCAAAGAAAGAUAUAUGGACAGCAAACGCCUCCAAGCUCCGAGGGAAUGUCUGGAUUUUAUGAUCCAAGAAAGCAGAUGCCUGGUGGGUACAGGAUGCCACACAUGAGUACCAGGCAGAAUUGGUUCGAUGAGCAGAAUACGAUUGGAUCAAAACCUUCUAGAAGGCAUGUAGAUGAACGGUCAGAUGUACUAGAAUCAUCAAUGGGCCAUACUUUAGCAGAGCGUCAGCAUACUGAUGGAAGUAUUGGAUUGAAGGAGGUAAUGUGUUUUGUACCUGGAGAGGCUACGAUUAUUUGCAGUGCGGUUGCACAAGAACACAAAAUGCUGAUUGUCUCAUUUUCAAGCAAGACCAUAAUGGUAGUGAAUCUACUGUCUGGAAAAACCGAGUCCAUGAUAGAAACGAUUGAGCAGGUGCAUGAUAUGAAGAUAAAAGAGUAUGAGGAUCAGGUUGUUAUUGUGUGUGGAAUUGGAGGGAAUGAUCUCUUGAUUUUAAGGUGCGAAAUGAAGGGAGGAGUGCAUCUGGAGAUUUCAAAUGUGCUGAAGGGGCAUAAUGCGCCUAUAGUUAGUUAUGAGGUUCUUGAUUUUAUUCACUCACUGGACAGUGCAGGAAUUAUGAGAAAAUGGAACAUGAAUGGAGUUUUUGAGCGAGAGGAGGUCCUGAGCGGAGAUAUAGCUCACAUAUGUUGCAUUUCUGAAGAUAAUUUUAUGUUUGCAGAUAAAAAUCGAGUGUAUGUGUAUGACUUUGAGCUUAACAUUGAGAUGAUGGAGAUCCUAAAGGGACAGGUAACUGAGAUUAAGAGGAUUAAAGAAGGGUUUAUUAUAGUGUUUAAUAACCAGGCAAUAUGGCUGGACAAGAGGGUUCAGAAAGUGAAGACACUGAGCAUAAAUGAGGGAGUUAAGACUGCGGCGUUGAUUGAUGGGAAUCUUGUAGUUGCAUCAUUCCAGAACGUUUGGUUUAAUAACGGAAAAUCGUUGAGUAGAGUUAAGCUUCAUGAUACAAAUGUAAUAGGACUUGAAUGUGUAAAUGUGUUUAGAAAGUCAAGCAUUGUUAGCUGUAGUGCUGGUGGCGAGUGCAAGAUGCUGGUUAAAUGUCUUGAAGAUUAA